CCCUCUUUCUCUGUGUUUUUUUGUUGUGUUUGGCCAUCAGCCGGUGGUUGCUGGAUUGAAAUGAUGAAUGAUGCAGAGGAGUGUGUGUGUGUGUGUGUGUGUGUAUGUGUGUGUGAGUGAGAUCAUGAGAAGGUUGAUGCGUGUAUUCUCUGUAGUUGUGACCUGACCUGUAGCCUGGGAAGCUGCUGAUGCCCAGAGCGACAUUCAUUACAUAGCCAUUAUACCUUCCUGGCUGGUGUAGCAGCACCUGUGUGCACACUGGCCGCUUUAGCCGACAUUAGCUGAGCAUUUCAGAGCUGCUGUGCCAGUCUGUUGCAAUAAAUUGCCCACUGAUAGUAAACUUUGUCAUCACUCAUAGGCCCUUCUGACCAGGCAGUGACAAAUUGCAUUCAAAGCUGGUUGAUGUGCUCUAAUUAUUUCUUGUUUCCAUACUUGUUGUCACUUGUUAUAUUCAGUCUGUGCCAAGAGCUUGAAUAACAUAAGCAGUUUCAACACACGCGCACGCACAAACACACACACACACACACACACACACACACACACACACACACACACACACACACACACACACACACACAGACGACAUACGAAACACAGGCUUCAGUAUGUACACAUUGUGGAUCCCGGCACUGCCCCCUAGCGAUCAGAAGGGUUGCAUGUGGAAGUGGGCGGGUGUUGAGGCUGGUUGUUUAUGGCUGCUGGUUUGUCGGCGGCGGUUCACUGCGGAUGUCAGCUGACCCAGCUGAUACACUGCUGCCAGGCACAGUAUGAAUAUGGAUCAAACGUGUUUCUUCAAGACAAGGACGUGCUCCCCAGUUGCAGACAAACAAACAUGGGACUCAAUACACAAAGCCACAUUGCUCAAGAGUACAGUUUGGAUCAAGGAAGAGCAGGAGCGCAGGAUCAGAAAAGCAACAUCCCGAUCUACCCGUGGAUGCAGCGAAUGAACUCACACAGCGCAGGAGUGGGCUACGGGACAGACAGACGCAGGGGACGUCAGAUAUACUCUCGUUAUCAAACACUUGAGCUGGAGAAGGAGUUUCAUUUCAACCGCUACCUGACCAGGCGCAGACGCAUUGAAAUCGCAAAUGCGCUUUGUUUAACAGAGCGGCAGAUCAAAAUCUGGUUUCAGAACCGACGCAUGAAAUGGAAGAAAGAGAGCAACCUGACCUCCACGGUGACUGGAAGUGAACAGACAGGAGCCUCUCAAGAGGGACAGGAGGAACGCAAUGGCGCAUUGGAAGAAGAGAAGGAUGAGGACAAGAAGAAAGAAUAGUUUUAAAAAGAGGAAGAGGAGGGAAACAAACACCUGACGACCAUUAAAAACCCAACAUAACUACCUAAAAAAAUCUACAUGGACUUGAGAGCGACUUCACUGCAUGAUGGCUACCCCGCAGCUCUCCCACUUAUAUCCCAUGUUGACCACAGGAGUGUUAAGCCUUAGAAAUCCAAAUUAUUUCAGCCACAGAAUGGCCCCUGUGACAUUUGGAGCGCUGAUUUUUUUAUUGCAAUGUCACACAUGUAUUGUGAAAAUAAAAAGAAGUAUUAAUUUCUAUGUUAUUUCCCACGCCAGUAAAAAAUCUAUGUAUUUAUCCCCACACACCCCAUGCAUCACUGUGAACCCUUUGAUCACCUCACAAAAUACAGUGUUGGUCAGACUUAACUCAGUAUUGUAAAUGCACAUUCCACGGAAGGAAAGAAACGGACGGACACUUCGUUUGAUCUCAGUAUAAUCUACUUGAAUCGUCCGCAGAAAAAGUGUCCUGCAUAAUCAUGAAAGUUGCACGGAUAAUAGACUACAGUCCACAAACACACACGACUGAAAUGCCUGUAUAUAAUCAAAGUAACAGUAUAUAUUAUGUCAAUCUUGUGAGGACUUAUGUGCAUUUAGCCGCUUUGAUAGACGCUGCAUAACAUAAUAUUGCGCUUAGCCCCCUUUUUUGAUCAUUUGACACAAUAGGCUUCCCUUGUGAGAUAGAUUUGUACACUAGUAAUUCUUCACAUUUGUUUGGGAGUUACGAAUUCAUGUUUUGUCAUAAUUGUGUAUCAUGGAAUAAAAUAUUUGUAAAACUUU